CUUUGGCCAUCUUUACCUUCUCCUUCGCUUAGAACCAAUACCCGUGCCGCUUUUCCCGAAGAUUCUUCGUUCUCCUGUGGGAAUUGUGAGGCAAUCAGAGAGCCGGAUGGAACGACAAACCCCCUGAGCAGUGGGAAGAAUGCCGCCAACGCAAGCAGAGAUUGCCAGCGCCAAGGCAGACCUGGCCGUGCUGCUCACGAAGCAGUUCCAGGACGACAUCAACCAGCUGCGCGACGCCCUGGACAGCGCAAACCAGCUGGUGGCGCUGCUGAAGACCGAGAAUGCGACCCUAAAGUACGCGCUCAAGGAGGCCGUGGAGGACUACGACUUCGACGCCAACAUCCCGCCCAUCACGCGCGCCAGGAACGGCAGCGCGGGCGUCCCCGAGGCGGAGGGCUGGGGCCUGCAGCGGCCGCCGCCCGAGGGCACCAUCUUCUGCAACGGCGGCGCGUACGGCGCCAAGAGGGACAACCGGCAGCUCAUGCAGGAGGUCAACCGCUGGACCCAGGCCCACGGCUACAAGGUCAACAUCUACCGCAGCAAGCUGUCCGGCACCAAGGUCAAGAUGAUGAUCAGCUGCUCCCUGGGCGGGAGGUCCAGGGACCUCGCCCUGCGGCGUGAAGGCGCCGAGGCCGAGGCGGAAAGGGCGAGGGCGAUGGGGUUCCAUGCGUUCGUCCUCCCGGAUGCCAAUGCCGCGCAGGCGGGCCAGGUUCAGUUAGGACAGACGCAACAGCCUGAUGGUGCUGGUCCUUCGGCGCCGGCGAAGAGGCCGAGGAAGAAGAUGGCGCCGCGCCGGAAGGACUGCCCGCUGAGGUUCAUAUUGCAGGAGCUCGUCGCCGGGAGCGGGGCCUUUGUUGUGAAACAUGCCGAGCUGCCCUCACAACAACGGUGCAACCACGAGCCACAGGUCAAGUUCGCAGCCGACCCGAAAGCCUCGGCCUCGGCUUCGGCGGCCGGGCAGGACGAGGGGCAGGACGAGGGGCAGGAGGAGUUGGAUACGGACGCGGAGGGUGAAGAGGAUGACUCUGAGCUUGAAGAAUGAUUCAUGGCUUGUCUGACAAUGGUAUUUUCUUGAACUUGUGUAUGUGAGACCGGGACUUGUGGCCUGCGCCCGUCAACGGACAGGGUUUCACACCUGAUGCGCGUGGUCUUUCGCAUGUACGAAGACUGCUGAGGUCGUAAUAGGUUUCUGAAACCCGUCAAAUUGAGCUUCCGAAAUGGUCAAACGGGAAGCCGCACGGUCUGACCUGUUCGCAUGGAACUCAAGCAGACACGGAGCGAAGGCAUAGCUCAGAAUGCAUUGCAAUGCGAAUUCGAACCGCUAGCGGGGUAACGAUUCCAACAGCAGGAACCCCGAUCUCAUGCAAGAUAGGUGUGCAUCAUGCGGAGGCUUUACCCGGGUUCGCCUCGCGCAAGGUUACGUCUGUCAGGGUACAUCGUGGUCGUUGAGACAUUGCAAUUGUGACUCCGCCCUAUGACUACGCGCCCUCUUACCCUCAGGUAGCACUAAAC